AUGGCUUCGCCGCAAGCGCCAGGAACGGAAGACCCCGUUACUGCGGGUACUUCAUCUUCUUCAACCAGCCAUGGGGACGUACAGCCGCCACCGAAGGGCAAGGAGAAGAAGAGGGUGGGUUUCGCCAGCGACAGAGGACCCCAAGACAGCCCGCUCGGCAGUCCGUUCCAUGCCACACCCAGCGAGCCCCAAAUCGUUGCGCCGCAGGAUUACUUCUCCUUCAGGCCUUCCCCCUCCAGCGCCGGCUCUACGCCCCUGAAUGGCGAUGACCCAGCGAAGCGAGAUUCUUUCGACAAGGAUGAGCUUUACGCCUCUGUCUCCCGCAUGUUGAGCGCCCCAAGCAGGCCGCGGCCUGUGCUGCGGAAGCCGACCACAGCCCCCACCUCCGGCGACGUGCUUCCAGCACCUCACAAAUCCGAGGUGGAGGCCAAGAACCGGGCGGAUCGGUUGGCAUACUCGGUGGGAACGUCCUCAGUCCCCGUAUCACGCAGGGGGUCUGUCGACUCGGACACUGGAACCUCCUUUGACCGGGACGCCCUCCUCGACGGCUCUUCGGCACACAUGGCCCCCGAUCUGUUGACUCCGGCAGACGCUGAGGACCUCGGGCCGCGCGCAGAGGCGCAGUUCGAGGCCGAGAAGAUCGUGCGGCGCCACACGCGCCACCAGAGCCCUCUGAUCCGGCCUUUCGACCCGUCUCGGUCCGGCACGGCGACCCCCGUCGACCAUGAUCUGGAAUACGUCCCGCGGCCGGAGAAGUACAGGGGCGGGAUUCUGGGCAGCUUGCUCCGGCUCCGCGCCGGCCCGGACGAGAGGUAUGCCUCGCCCUAUUCGAGCGCCAUCAGCACGCCUACGAGCUCUCCCCCGGUGUCGAGAUCCAGCACGCCGAAGCCCGAUGGUCGCCGACGGCCCUGGAGGUCCCAUUCCUCCAACACCUUGGCCGGCCUCAUGGAGUCAUCCCUCAACCUUGCCGUCCCCGGAUCGAGUAAGGACAUCAACGAGGCGGUUGAGAAGGUCAAGCAGGAGGUGGAAAAGUCCAAGAAGUCGAGCAAGCCGAAGAAGAAGGUCGACGAAUACCGCAUCAAGAUCCACAUCGCCGAAAUCAUCAGCCGCCAGACCUACCUGCUCAAGCUGUGCCGCGCGCUGAUGGUCUAUGGCGCGCCCACGCACCGGCUCGAGGCCUACAUGCGGAUGUCGGCCCGUGUGCUUGGCAUCGAGGCGCAGUUUCUGUAUCUGCCGGACACCAUGAUCAUCUCGUUCGACGACAGCAGCAUCCACACGACCGAGGUCAAGAUUGUGCGGGCCAGCCAGGGCCUGGACUUUGGCCGCCUGCGCGAUGUCCACGAGAUUUACAAGGAGGUGGUGCACGACCGCAUCGGCGUCGAGGAAGCGACGGCGCGCCUGAACGACAUCACGAAGCGCAAGCCAAAGUUCCCCGUCUGGCUGCGCAUCCUCUUGUAUGGCGUCGCGUCGGCUGUGGUCGCGCCCUUUGGCUUCGAAGGCCGCUACAUCGACAUGCCCGUCUGCUUCAUCCUGGGCUGCCUUGUGGGAUUCCUGCAGCUCUACCUCUCCCCGUCCAACGAACUAUACGCCAACGUCUUUGAAAUCACCGCCGCCGUGGCGACUUCUUUCCUGGCCCGGGUGUUUGGCUCGAUACGCCACGGACAGCUGUUCUGCUUCUCGUCCCUCGCCCAGGCGUCCAUCGCUCUCAUUCUACCUGGCUACAUGGUUUUGUGUGCCAGCCUGGAGCUUCAGAGCCACCAGAUGAUAUCUGGCUCCGUGCGGAUGGUGUAUGCUCUGAUCUACACCCUCUUUCUCGGUUACGGCUUCACUAUCGGAUCCGUUAUCUACGGGUACAUGGAUGACAAUGCCGUCAGCGCAGUGCACUGCUCCGUCGGCGAUAGCUGGUACACUCAGAGGCCGCCCGAGGAUUUUUAUAUCCUCUUCGUCUUACCCUUCACGCUGUGUCUCUGCGCCAUUAACCAGGCCAAAUGGCAACAAAUGCCAGUGCAAGUCGCCAUCUCUCUAGCCGGCUUCUGCGUCAACAAUUUCUCAGCCCGCUUCUUCAAGGGCAACGGCAUCGUGUCGAGCUCGCUCGGUGCCCUCACCAUCGGCGUGCUCGCCAACCUCUACUCCCGCCUCGGCCGCUACGCACAGAACUACUUCCUCGACAUCUGGGAGCGCAGCAUCGAGCCCCGCAUCCGCGGCAGACACCGCCGCCACCACCACCACCGCUCCCCUUACUACAACUGCCCUCCGGCCGGCGAAUCCGACGACUCGGUCCGGCAGCACAAAGAACGCGUCGAGCACGACAUCGAGAUGGGCCCGCCCCCGAGAGCAGACACCACCGACUCUGCCUCCCCCUCCGUCACACCCACCACCGCAACAGUUGUCGGCAGCGGCGGCCUGACGACUCGCGCGAGGAAGAUCGGCUACGGCCUGGCCGCGGCCGCCAUGCUGCCCGCCAUCUUCGUGCAGGUGCCCUCGGGCCUAGCCGCCAACGGCUCGCUGCUGAGCGGCGUCACCAGCGCGGACCAGAUCGUCAGGAACGAGACGGUGCUCGCCAACGGGACGGUCGUCAACGGCACCGUCUCCAUGACCACCACCCAGGUCGGCGACCUGAGCAACUCGGCCUUCAACGUCCUGUUCAGCGUCAUCCAGGUCGCCAUCAACAUCUCGGUCGGGCUGUCGCUGAGCGCGCUGUUGGUGUAUCCGUUUGGGAAGCGGAGGAGUGGGUUGUUUAGCUUUUAA